UUCCCGCUCAGUUUGAAACGUACGUCAAAGUUCCAUACAACGAAAUUUAACCUGUUCCCCAGCGUCAUCUAUAAAUUAAUUCUUUUCAAGUUUCUUUUUCAUUCUUGGAUGGAAAUGGCUACGAAAUCGAUUGUAAGGUACAUUUUCACCAUUUUAUUUGUUUCGAUCAUUUGCUGCAACUGCCAAUCAAACAAAAACCCCAAAACAAACAACCCCGGCGGUUCUUCUUCUUGGGCGAAACUGCAAAUCUCAGCGGACACGUUAAGUUCCAUGAAUUACGGCAACUUUCUCAUUGAAAUUUACGAACACGCCAAUAAUCACAAGCAAACGACAACUGCCAGUCAGAAAAAAUAUUUCUACUCCCCCAUUGCGCUGCUGGACCACAAAAGUGCCGUUAGUUCUUACAACAACGUUACGAAACAGCCAGAGAUGAGAUUUCGCAUUGAAAUGUGGAACGACAAAGUCCAGAAUGAAGUUGUCAAACAUUUGAAUGAAAUGCAAAUGGAUGGCCAUGAAAUCAAAUCCAAUAAAGUGAGAGUUAUUCCCUUGGAGAAGGUCAUUCUUGCCACCAAAAGAGCCACAGUUGAUUAUUCGCUAUCGCCAGAGUGGACCAAUUAUGACAAGAGCAAAACUCUGAGACUUGCUCUGUCGUGUAACGACCAGAAAAUCUGCGACGAAUUGGCCAGUCAAAUGCGAUCGAAUCCAGAACAAUUUGACCAUUUGAAACUCCUGUACAGUUUGUCAUCGCAGACGUCACAAACCAAACAGACGACCAUCAGCAUCGACAGCGUCACUUCCGGUCAAUUGGUCUCGACUCUUUUACAGAAAUUUGGUGACAAAAAAGAAAUUUUUUUGACAGCCAAUGACGAGAAGAAAAUGUUGACGGAAACGGCCACCAACAUCCGAAUGGACACAUUUGACGACUACGAGGUCGGGUCGCCUGAUACGGAAUCUCAAAUUUCAAAAAUUUUAAAAGGUUUGCUGGUCACGUCCAAGGCGACCAUAACUAAACAAAGUGACAAAAUGUGGGACUCUGUUUUCUGGAAUGACGAUAAUUACCGGCCGGAUAUAACGACGAAAACUUUGAAUGAAAUCGUAAACAAACUGGACAGGGAAACGCAAAAGAAAUUGGCGGACAUGUUCCAAAAAGCGCAGAAACAGUCUGAAAUAACAGAAAAAUUAACUUCGAGUAAUGAAGACGAGGAGAAAAGACGUGAGGAACAAGUUCGUCGUGAAAAUCAAUCGAAAGAUGCAAAUGAAAAUGAAAGGAGAAGAUCACAAGCAACGGACCAAGGGCAAUCCAGCCGCAAUAAAUCCCGGGAUGACAAAUCGAAUACAAACAAAGUGGACACGGAAGUCGGUGGCAGUGGUUUGGUCUUUAGUUUUAACGCUAAACUCGGAGUAGAAAAUAGCAACACGCAUAAUGCCGAAAGAGAAAACGAGAAGAGUGAAAACGCCAAGAAAAGUUCGGAUGAACACGACAGAAAGUCAGAGAAUAAAGAAAAAAUCCAACACAAUUUCGACUCAAACAGUUGGGCUGACGUGGACAGAAUCAGUUCAACAAUUUCAGGGAAAAUGGCAAAAGAUUCCGAUCGUUCCCGGCGGGUAGAAAUUUCAAAAGAAGAAAUCGCAAAAUUAUUAAAAGAAAGUAAAGACCACGUCCAAUGGGACGGAGAGAAAUUCGUGCCGAAACCGAUGCAACUCAGCAGAAUCAAUUUGGGCAAAUUUCGUGAUUCUCAAUCGUUUCAAGAUCGCAACGUUCGUGUCCGUUACACGACCGCCGAACUGUCGGCGCCGAUUAAAUUUUUAGAACACACAGAAUUGACCGUCACUGACGAAUGGAAUAAUUUAAAGGGCGAACUCAAAGCCAUCACUGAGCUGUUGAGAGCAACUGUGAAUAAUUUGGUUAUAACGAGAACGGAACUGAAAAAUGCGAAGAACGAUUUAACUAAAACGCGAAUUGAUUUCACUAAUAAAUUAGAAGGGACUAAAAAGGAGUUGGAGAAAACGAAGGCCAAUGUUAAUAGUUUAUCUACCCAAUUAAAUGCCCGAACGAGAGAUUUAGUCGACAUUGGUAAAAUGCCAACAUCGUGUGCGGAUCUGGAGCGGACGGGACAUAAACUGAGCGGAUUCUUUUCUGUCAAAGGAUCGAAGAAGAUGGAAAUUGUUUACUGUGAUUUUUAUCCUAAUAAAAAUGAUUUACAAAAAUGGAUCGGAUACGCCGACGUCAAAUCGGCGCCCGUCCAUUUCUACGUCACGAGAAAUUCUACAUUUUUCGCACAAGGAACUCCGGUCCCGUUCGAUUUGGCGCGGGUGAACGAGGAAAAUGCCAUGGAUUUGACAACGGGAAUUUUCACGGCACCGCGACCGGGAAUUUAUUUUUUCUCUUUCACGGGAGUGGCGUAUCUUAAAUCUUCUUCAUUGUUGGCUGCGUUUCGUUCUUAUCUUUAUUUGAACGGGAAUUCAAUCGGGUCGAGUAAUGUUGACCAUAAUAACGGCCCCGUUGAUCAAUGGAGUCCGAUGACCCUCCAGUCGACGCUGAACUUGAAAAAAGGCGAUCGACUCUGGCUGCAGAUUUGGUAUUCUGAUGUUUCAUCCUCGUAUUUGUUUGACGACAUUGACCACCACACCCAUUUCACGGGUUUCCUGUUGGAGGAGGAAAUUGCCGCGUCCCUUUGAGGUUCAACUUCAUCGGCGACACGAAACAUUUUCGUCCCCUUCAUCGGCGAUCACGAACCGAAAAUGCGCACGUCGACACGAAUUUUUUGGGGGAAAUUCAAGGGGGAAGGGAAGAUAAUUCAUUCGUGUUCCAAUUCAUUAAGGAGCGGCCAUUUCUUUGCGAAAAUUGAACUGUGGAUGUAAUUACUUUUAACUUAAUACACAAACCAA